CUUCCUUCCUACCAUCACUACCUGAGUACCCUCGCAACCUCCGUGGAUUCCUCCUUUUCUGGGACUUCAACUCCCCCAAGUGGUGAGACUGGUCAGAUAUUUGCUGUAGGGCUCGUAUAUCUGCGUCGGAUGUAGUGUUCCCUUCGAAAUGUCAACUCGGCGGACUCAAAAACGACGGAAGACUUCAGCGUCCACAUAUAUUCACCUGCCUUGGCAGAAUCAAUUCAUGAAGGAAGGAGAAGUAUCCUUGCUUUCGAUUUUGGCCGAUUUCAAUGAUUACUUGGACGAAUACGCCCUGCGGACUCCUUCAACUGCAUCUGGCAUCAUGACCGCUACAAACUAUCUCAGACUCUGUUUGCAUCUCCAGCGCACGCCUUCUUCGGGGUUUGAAUUUUUCCUAGAUCCUAGUUUGCAGGAUCGAUAUCUCACUUAUUCUUCCGACGUCGACGUCCUUUUGUACAAAGGAAUCUGUGUUGCAUCACAGGACGAUAUCCUCUAUAUUCUUUCUCAUCCUAUCUCGAAGAAGAGAGAUCCUGCACUUACGCUGCAUGCCAAGAUUCAAAUGGAAUACUUUUUCAUUCCGUAUCAAGUUGUGGCUGAAUAUUUCAGAAGAGUUUCUCGGUCAGGCUGAAAUGUCGGACCGGCGAAGAAAAAAGGGAGGGGUUCGUUCAAAGACUCAGAGAAGUAAAACCACCCUCUUUCUAGCAAUGGCGUAGCUAAGCCUUCUUCCUUUACUACCUUGUCUCUUUCAAACCUUCCUCUUCCAUUUGCAUCUUUGCCUGUCAAUGUUACCGAAUCUCAGUCACCUUCGAAGGACAGUCAUCAAAAUAGAUCUGGGGUGAUCGGAUAUCUACACCAGCCACAGGAUGUAGUUCAGACCAAGUCUCUAGACGGUAAGGUUUCAAACUUGCGUUCCAUGGCAUUUCCAUCCGAAAAAAAUGAUCAAUA